GCGCAGGAAGGGGCCGGGGCUGCGGGAACGAGCGCGACCGCGGCCGGGGCACGGAGCCGCGACCGGGGAUGCCGCAGGACUGAGGCGCUACUGCGUUUUACUCCAGAAUAGGCAAAUAUCCUGAAACGCCAAAAAAACCAACCCCAAGAGAUGGACACAGUGGAACUGGCUCAGGAGCCUGUGACCUUCGAGGAGGUGGCCGUGUAUUUCACCAAGGAGCAAUGGGCUCUGCUGGACCCGGUGCAGAGGACUCUCUACCUGGACGUCAUGCUGGAGAACUACGAGACUGUGAUGUCUCUGGGUCUUCCCACAGCCAGGCUAGACUUGCUCACUCAGAUGCAAGAGGGAGGAGAGCGCUGGGGCCCUGAUCUUCAAGAAAUGGAGAAAAAAGAAGCCCUGAGCAGCAGACGCGCAGGGUUAAGACGGAAAAUAGACAGCGGGACGGUUUGCAGAAGAGGCAACGCUGACCUCGGCGAAACCCCUCCCCAGGAGGACCCUGCAGAAAGGCAGCGCGCCCGCACCGAGCCUGGACAAGGGGGCGGCCGGAGCAGGGACUUAAUUACACCCCCGAGAGACAACGCGGGAGAGAAACCUUUCAAGUGCCUCGAGUGCGGGAGAAGCUUCACGCGGAGCUCGGACCUCAUUGUCCACCAGCGAACCCACACGGGAGAAAAACCCUACCAGUGCCGCGAGUGCGGGAGAUGCUUCAACAGGAGCUCCAGCCUCGUGAUGCACCGGAGGAUGCACACCGGCGAGAAAACGUACCCGUGCCCCGAGUGCGGGAAAAGCUUCACGCGGAGCUCGACGUUGACCACCCACCAGAGAACCCACACGGGAGAAAAACCCUACCCGUGCCGCGAGUGCGGGAAGCACUUCAGCAAAAGGUCGAACCUCACGAAACACCAGCGGCAACACACCGGAGAGAGACCGUAUCGAUGCCCCGACUGCGGGAAAAGCUUCAUACAGAGCUCGGAUCUCAUAGUCCACCAACGAACCCAUACGGGAGAAAAGCCCUACCGGUGCUUGGAGUGUGGGAAACGCUUCAGCGUGCGAUCCAAGCUGAUUCAACACCAGCGCGUGCACACGGGGGAGAAGCUGUACACGUGUGGCAAGUGCGGGAAGAGCUUUGGGCAGAGCUCGCACCUUUCUGUGCACCAGAAAACUCACAGAGGAGAGAAAUCGUACACGUGCAACGAGUGCGGAAGGAGCUUCGGACAGAGCUCCAACCUUAUCGUGCAUCGGCGGAUCCAUACCGGAGAGAAACCCUACAAAUGCCACGAGUGCGGGAAGUGCUUCAGGCAGAGCUCGAACCUCAUCGUCCACCAGAAGACUCACACGGGAGAAAAGCUCUACGAGUGCCCCAAGUGCCAGAAGCGCUUCCCGGACAGGUCGCUGCUCAUCAGGCACAAGAGGGUCCACGUAGGAGAAAAACCUUUUAAGUGCCAGCAGUGUGGGAAAAGCUUCAUUCACCAGUCGAGGCUUCUUGUCCACGAGAAGGCACACGUAGGAGAAGAACUCUACCAGUGUCCCGAGUGUGGGAAACGCUUCAGGGAAAGAGCCAAGUUCCUCCAGCAUCAGCGGCGGCACGUGGGAGAGCGUCGCUACAAGUGCUACGAGUGCGGGGAGGAGUUCGGGCAGAGCUCGGAGCUCAACCUCCACCAGAGGAUCCACGUGGAGGAGAAGCUCUACCAGUGCUCGACGUGCGAGAAGUGCUUCAAGGACAGGUCCACCCUCAUCCGGCACGAGACGGUGCACACGGGAGAGAAGCCCUACAAGUGCCACGAGUGCGGGAAGAGGUUCACCCGCAGCUCGGACAUCAUCGUCCAUCAGCGGACGCACACGGGGGAGAAACCCUUCCAGUGCCCCGAGUGCGGGAAGAGCUUCAGCCACCGCUCAAAUCUUUUCCGACACCAGAGGAUGCACACGGGGGAGAAGCCGUAUAAGUGCGAAGAGUGCGGGAAGCGAUUCGGGCAAAGCUCAGAGCUUAUCGUCCACCAGCGGACCCACACCGGGGAGAAGCCCUACCACUGCUCCGAGUGCGAGAAGUUCUUCAGGGGCAGGUCAACCCUCUUCAGGCACGAGAGGCUGCACACGGGGAUCAAGCCGUACGAAUGCAGCGAGUGCGGGAAAAGCUUCGGGCAGAGCGGGGACCUCAUCGCACAUCAGCGUUUCCAUACGGGCGAGAAGCCCUACCAGUGCUCCCAGUGCAGAAAGUUCUUCAGCAACAGAUCCAGCCUCGUGCGGCAUCAGCGGCUGCACGCCGGCGAGAAGCCCUACAAGUGCCACGAGUGCGAGAAGAGCUUCGGGCAGAGCUCGGACCUCAUCGCCCACCAGCGGACCCACACCGGGGAGAAGCCCUACCCCUGCCCGGUCUGUGGGAAGAGCUUCAGCCGGAGAUCCAACCUCAUCGUGCAUCAGCGGGUGCACAGAGGGCUUUGCAAGUGCCAGAAGUGUGGGAGAAGCUUCCAGCCCAACUCGCAUUUUGGCAUGACGGUGGGGAAGGACUCGCUCCAGUGCUCCCAGUGUGCAGAGGGUUUCAAGGAGGGGUCAAAUCCCAUCGAACACCAGAGAUAACACCGGGGAGAAAUGGCUUUGUAAGUGCUUGGAGCAGAGAAGGGGUUUGGGGAAGAGUUGAGACAUUGUUCGUGAAAGAGAAAAAAAAUCAGCGCUUCUAGGUAAAAGUCUUCAGUUUUAAAGACUGUAAAAGUGGGGGGAAAAAAACCCACCCCAUGCAAGUGAUCUAAAAAGUAGGCCGAUCAGUCAAUAACUUUUUUUUUUUUUUUGCUAAUUAUUUCCUGUUAUUACGGAGUUUGCUCAAAGGGCUUGAUGUGUUGGUCCACGAUCCACUCGCUCCCUUCGCUCCCCAGUCAAACUGUCUGCUGUUUCAGGCUGUCCAUCAUCCCAUCGUCUGUCUGUAAAGCCCUUCCUUAAAUCCUUUGACAUUUUUCAGGCUGGGUACCCAUCAGCACCCCAAAGAUACUGUAGAAAUCUGUCUUCCCCUCCACAUCCUUCCCUCCCCCUUGUAUGUAUGCAACCUCAAUUAAAAAAAGGCCCUCUGUUCCCAAGGAAUGUCAUGUUUUCCUUGUACUUUUCUGCUAUAUAUUAAAUUUUUAUUUGCUGCUGUG